CGAAGCAACACGGGAAGCAAGCUAGCAAGUCCGUUCCUUCCCCCUACCCAAAUACUUUGCGCUGAGAGAAAUUUCCAAGUUUCAUCAUCGAUUCCGGAAUGGGUUCAGAGGAACGGUCGAAGCACGACGUGUUCGUGAACUUCCGAGGCCCGGACGUUCGCGAGGGGUUCCUCAAGAAUCUCCACAAGGCUCUGCUUCGGAGCGGCAUCAAAGCCUUCGUGGAUAGCCAGGACCUCCACAAGGGUCAGAAGUUAACCCCGGCCCUCAGGAAGGCCAUCGAGCGAUCCCUUGUCGCCAUUGUUGUCUUCUCCCGAGACUACGCCUCCUCCGAAUGGUGCCUGAACGAGCUGGUGAAGAUCCUCGAGUGUAGCAAGCGCAAGGAGCAGAUGGUCAUCACCGUAUUUCAUGAAGUGGAGCCGAGCCAAGUGAGGCGACGGGCAGGGUGCUAUGAAGAUGCCAUGGCCAAGCAUGAGCAGAGGCAUGGCAAAGAUCCGGACACGGUGGAGAAAUGGAGGCAUGCUCUUUUCAUUGCUUCGAAUUUCCCAGGAUUGCAUCUCCAGGACAGUUCAAACGAAGCUAAGUUUAUCAAUGGAGUUGUUGGAGAUGUCAAAGCUAAACUGCAACACCUUGAAGCCAAGAGAAAAAGUAAGAGCAUUACCCCCAACCUCCAUCAUCGGCAAGUUAUUCCUACUCCCCGAUCUCUCCAUACUUUUCCCCACGACCAUUUCCAGACACCCUCCACUCAUCACGCAAGCUGGCAAUCGCCUUCAAUGCUUCCCAGCAUCGCAUUCCUGACACCGUAAACCUCGCCGUUUCUGUCCCCGUCGGGGAAUGGCUGCCCCCAACGUAUUCACAGCAGCUAUUAAUCUUUAACGACCGCCGACCAUGUGCUUUGCUGCGUGUUUCCUGACGACCGUAUGGGAGGAGAAAGUACCUUGCAUGUAUAGAAAAGGAGUACUUUGCAUGAA